AUGGCCCAUGUCUCUGGACUGCUUCUGUUCUGCAGCGUCGUGGCGGGGUUCCUUUACUACACAGCCUGGGUCUUGCUGCUACCGAUGUGGGCACCUGAACAUGCCCCAUGGCUUCAUGCAGCCUUCCCUCCACGCAUCUGGGCACUGAAAAUUCCGGGUCUCAUCCUAGUAACUCUCGUCGCCGGCUUGACUGGAUUUGUGGGCCUGGUGCUGGCGGGCGUGGUCGGAGAACAGGAUGCGAAAAGGCACUGA